AAUCUGUCGGAGCUGGAUUCUACUCAGAUCCUACAGUCGAUCUCCGCCAAGUUGCCAUCGUACUCGGGCGUCAAGUGGUGUAGGUCCGCUCAUGAGACUCAGGUAAAGGGAAAGAGGCUCGUGGGUUUUACGGACUUUGUAAAGUUUGUCAAACAAGAAGCCGAAGUAGCAAACGACCCGAUCUUUUCUCCAGACGUGCUUAAGAGAGAAAGGAAAAGGAACGGCCCGGUUAGAGACAACACCCAUGGCACAAGGUCGAGGCAUCAAGGUGGAAUCAAUCCAAGUCAAUCAUUGGUCACUUCUACUACUCCAGUAGGCCACUCUGAACAGACACAAUCAGCAGCCACAUCGUGGCGCAAACAGUCCUGCCCAGCCUGCAAUGGCAAACAUACAAUAGCGAAGUGCAGCAAUUUCACCAAGGCUACUGCAGACAAGAGGUUGGAUCUCAUCAUCGAGAAACGCCUAUGCUUCAGAUGCUUCAGAGCAGGUCACGUUUCCGCUGACUGCACAUCCAAGCAAACCUGUGGUGAGUGCGGAAAGCGUCACACCUUGCUACACGGAGCGACUCUAAAGUCAAAGACACGCAGCAAGCAAACUCCGCCAAGCACUCAGUCGUCACGCAAUCCACCCCAACCCUUGCAACCAGACCACGCUGCCGAGUCUGCUCACUCAAACGCUGCCAGCGUCUCCCACAGUUCUGUCGGUACAUCGAACGCCAUCAUCAUGUGUCGAAUCGUGCCUGUAGUCCUGUACCAUAAGGAUAAUCCCAGCAAAGAAAUUAAAACGUACGCACUCUUGGAUGACGCUAGUGACACGACGUUCGUGACAAAUAAGGUAAAGAGCGAGCUUGGAGUUGAGGGAGUCGACACAAGUCUCAAUUUAAGCACAAUGCACGGCCGCAAAGUAAUCCCUGUAUCCCGUAUCGACGGAUUGAUAGUGGAGCGCCCCGACAGACGCGCGCAGGUCGAACUCCCUAAGGCGUAUGCAAGAGACAUAAUCCCAUCCAGAAAGGACCAAAUCCCAACCCCAGCAGCAGCAGACAAGUGGCAACACCUGAAGAAAAUAAGGGACAAAAUACCUCCGCUAGACGAAAACCUCGACGUUGGAAUACUGAUCGGAUCCAACUGCCCGAAGGCGAUUAAACCAAAGGAAGUGAUAACUGGUAAAAGCGAAGAUCCA